AUGACGACAACAAUAAGAGCAUACAAAGGACUAGUGACAAAAAGGAAUGAUGUGGCACUGAACUGGCUACAAGAGUCGGCUCAGCUCCUUCAAAGGAUAGAACAAGGAGGCGUAGCAGCGCAACGCGAACGAGCCAAGGAGAUCACGAUGGACAUCACCACAUGCGAGGAGUACAUAGAACUUCUGGAAGCUUCAGUAACCAAGUUAACGAAAGCCUUCGACGGUCUACAAGACGCCACCGACGAAGAAGAAGAUCAACUAGACAAACUCGUCGUUUUCACCGACGCUAGCCAAUACGCAAUCGCAGCAUGUGCGUAUCUCACCUCGCAAGAAGAAUCCAACAUCAUUAUGGCAAAAUCCAAACUGCCCUCCAUCAAAACCUCGAUGACGAUUCCCAAGUUGGAGAUGAAUGCACUGACGCUGGGCGUAAGAAUGUCUUGCUUUAUUUGUGAAAUGUUGGAACCAUCCUGCAAAAUCAAGGAAGUGAUUCUAUACACAGACUCGGAUAUCGUGUUAGGGUGGAUAAGAACCCCUCCAUCGCGACAAAGCGCAGGCAUUUUAGUCACAAACCGAUUAUCAGAGAUUAGACGAAUCAGCAAUGAUCUCCGCAGUCAAAGCACCACGUGUCUCUUCGGACACGUCUCAACGGCAGAAAAUCCAGCCGAUUGCGGAACAAGAGGACUAUCAGCAGAAGCUUUACAGAACCAUAUCUGGUGGACAGGACCUGAAUUCACCAACAAACCGGAUCAUUCAAAGCUGAGUACGGUUGCUGAUUUCGAACAAUCGACAAUGAUGUCAGUGGAGGCAGUAACUCUAAACUCGUCAGAAGAGGUAUCUAAGGACGAAGUGAUCGACUUGAGCAGAUACAGCACCCUUGAGAAAGCUCAGAGAGUGCUAGUGUAUGCACUUCGAUUUAUAAACAGAUCCCUGAGUCAUUUUCCCCACGAAAGAAGAUUGGCAAUACAACAACACAUACCGGCUCUCAAGGAAAUUCCACCGUCACAAACCAUCACCGGGAUCGAGAUGCACGAAAGUCGAAUGUGCUUGAUUCGAGACCAUCAGAAGAACUAUGUGAACGAGCAUCAGAUCAAGUCGCAGAAGGAACUGAAUAUCCGACAAGACGAAAAAGGAAUCCUGCGCUGUUACGGGCGUCUACAACAAGCAGAUGUACCAGUAACGGCAAAAACACCAAUCUACAUUGCACCCAAAACUAUCAAUGCUUCCUAUCCUCAACCUUCAAAAGCGAUAGAUGUGGAGAUGUGCUUGCGCAGUGUAGGAGAAGUUUCGGACUUCAGUAGGCCACUUUUGACAGCAUUUAUAUUGUUUUUUGCUCUUUUUGGUGCUAUCAGCAAUAUUCUCUUGCUUUAUGGAUUUGUGCUCAAUUGGAAGAAAUUUUUCAGAAGUCAGCUUUUCACUUUCUUCGUGCUCAAUAUGAUUUUAGCAGGCUUGAUCUAUUCCACUACGAAUUUAUGGGUAUCAGUCCCCUGCACACUGAAUAAGUGCACGUUUAUUAGCAUUUAUCACGAUCGCAAAAUCAAUGCGGCCUUUACCAGACGACAAGCGCUUGUUGAUGCCAGACUGGCAACACAGUUUAUCAUCAUCUGUUGUUUUCAAUAUCUCAACACACUGCUGUUUCAUCUGAUCCCCAAGAUGAGCAAUAAAGGCGACUUUGGCGUCAUUGUUUUGAAUUGCAUAGGUACCAUCAAUGUUUCUAUAAAUCCGGUCGUUCUACUCCUAUUCAACCAACAAGUUCGCAGUAGUAUAUGUGCCGUCACCAAAAAGCACCUCACUCGGCAGAUAGCAGUCACCAAGAAGGCUCAAGUUGUAGGCUGGAAGAAGGAUGCGAAGGAGAUUGUACAUCAUCACGAUAUGUAGAAAAAUUUACUAUGAGUAAGUGUGUGCUAUGGUUAUUGUUGAUGUUCUUGAUUUGUGUUUUUGUCUGCACCAUGCGCAU